UGUUUGCUUCUGAGUUUCUUAGGAGGAUUUCCACUAUUAUGGGCCAACAACACUGUUUGAUUAAUUAGUUCCGGCUAUAGAUAUUACUGCGGAAUUAUAAUCAUAUAAUACUCAUCAUAAUUUGGUUAGUAAACUCUGAAAAUCGAAUACAAGACCAUCAGGUGCAGGCACAAAUGUUUCAAUUAUUAAUGAGGGACGGUGUGAUUCUGCAUAAGAGAUUCGUAAUUUGUAAUUUGUUGCGUGGUGCACCGCCAACACAGCAUAUUUUACAUACGCUAGCAGCGACCGAGCACGAACACGGGCAGGAAAUAGCCCGUACUUUGAUGUUUAUCUAGUACUACAAAACUGCGAUGAUCUGGAUUGCCUUUCUUUCGACUAACCUGGUGACUCACUUUUUCUCCUUAUUAUUCUCGGAAUAUAGGAUGUACGAAAAUCUUUCUUCGUUUAAUUGCGACAAGGAUGACACAACACCAGCAACAACAACGCAUUAUUAUAGAAGUAUCCACGGGCCGAUUUACAUUCGACUCAAUAUGCUCCACUUUGGAUAGUGAAGUAUGUAACAGUCUAGUCUGGAGCUAAUUAGUUUACGAGUACAUGAUCAUGCCCCCAUCCUUUGUCACGUAUAAAUUACCAAUCUCUCUCUGUAAAAUUACUGCGACUCGCUACAACGACUAAUAAUCUCUCCAUUUCUCCAUCAACAUGAUUACGAGCUUCAUCUUUCUCCUAGUUGUCCUCCUAAUGGAAGGGCCCCCCACAACCACUGCUGCGAGUAGUAGUGGUUUGUACGCUUGGGGUCCAACUGCGGGGGACUCACAACUACUUCCGGCUCCUACUCCUGGCGAUCCACUGACAUCCCUGCAACUAAAUUUCUCCCUUGCCACUGGUUUCACCAUCUUUGGAGGGACUCACACUUCACUCCACCUCAACAAACAGGGCAUCAUUGUUUUCAAUAAUGGGGGUCAACUGCCCUACCUUUCACCCCAAAGCAUCACCCAGGACCCUUUAGCCGGAGGUCCCCCAACGGUGUUCCCCCUGUUGGGAGAGGUGGAUCCAUACAAAGGGGUCAUGCACUAUCGUCAGACGACGAACCGCUCACUCCUCCUGGAAGUGACGCGGGACGUGAAAACUGCGUUCCCUUCCCUCAAAGAUGUGGGAAUGGACUGGGCGUUGGUGGUAACGUGGGAGGGGCUGACCUUUUGGGAACCACCCUAUUAUCAGAAUCCCAACUGCACCUGCCUCCCCAAACUCAACACCUUCCAAGCCGUGCUGACCACUUCGGGCAGUCGUUCUUUCGUCCUCUUCAACUAUGACCUAGUUACUUGGCCCAAAAAUCCAUGGUCAGACUGGGAGGGGAUUAAUUACCUCAAGUCAUCCAGGUGCUCCUCCACCACCGUUCCACUUGCGGGGGACAUGACCAGUGUCGCCGGAAUCAGCUUUCCUAACACCAGUUCGUCAGAGCCGUCGUCAUCCAUCUUCACCCUUCCAGUCUCCAUUUUUAAUCUGACGGAGAGGUCAAAUAUCUUUCCGGAAGUGAAGGGACGCUGGGUUUUCCGAGUGGAUGACCAGCUCCGAUCAAGUGCAUGCAAUUUUGCAGAUAACGACAUUGAACAGAUUCGAGUUGAUCCGGCAGUCGUCUGCCAGUUGGGUCAUAUGCCCUUGCGAGUUCGGGGACCAUGUCUUCGGAACGUGUCCAAUGUUGAGUGUCGCUUCUACGACCCUUCUUUUUCUGCUCAGAGUGGCACCCCUUUCGCCACCACAGUCGGAGUGGUGGAGCCCGACUUGUCCCACGUCGUCUGUCAAGCUCCCCUUUUUCCCACCGCUUAUUCUCGUGUGGUAGUAGAACUGACUUUCACGAGGACACGCAGGGGGGCUGACGGAUUGGAUGUUCGAGAGGAUCGCAGCUACAAGGGCCAAGUUUUCCCAUACCCACCCAACGCUGUUCCCACAGGACGUCGCUUAAACCUCCAUUUUCACCCCGACGGUGAAGUGCACUUGACUUGGAACCCUACUGUAUUUGCCGCCCCUCUGCCAUCCCCGUCUGCCUCCACUGCUUCGCCAUCCGAAAUUCUACUGCAGCUCAUCCUCGUCGUCCUCGAUUUAUCCUCAUCCACCAUUCCCCGACAGCGACAGCAUCAACAGAUAGCAGAAACUCUGGUCACGAGCAGCGUGUUCAACAGCGGGUCCUUCACCUGGCCCCUGGGAGUGAACAGUGGUCUCUUUCGUAGCCCCAAAGUUGGUUAUUUUGCAUACCUCACUCCAGUGGAGGACCAGUCCCCUUCCGUCUAUCUCCACUCGGACAUCAUCUACACCAACAUAUCAUCUACGAGGGAAACUUAUGCCGCGCUCUGUGAGGACUGGCACUUGAAGGACACUGGUAUGGGAGACAUAGAUAACCUCGCCCCUUGCCCACCGCUUCUCGAUCAAACCACAUUCGACUGGAACUUUCUGCAGGAACCUUCAACCACCGGAGGAGGACAUCAGACGACCGGGGAUCGAGGGCAAUUGGUGUCCUACAGACAACGUGUUCCCACUCCGGGGGGAAGUUGUCAACGGUGUGUCUACUCGGAAAUGGACGGUCGUCUCGUCCUGGACUCUCCUGCAGCAGCCACUGCUUAUCUCGAGUGCUCGGACCGCUACAUGGCCCACCAGCUGCGAGACCUACUUCCACGCCACUGGUGUCUCUCUGCUUCAUCCCCAGAAGCCUGGGCCAAAUAUGCUGAGCGAAGAACGAGUCGCUCCAGCCUAGGUCUGGGCUAUGUUUCCCCACGGCUGUCCUUCUGGAGGGGUGAUCCCCAUCUAACCACGUGGGACAAUCUAACCUACACUUUCAACGGAGUCGGAGAGUUCUGGCUGGUCAGCAGCAUCGACUUUGUGGUUCAGGCCAGGAUGAGCCAGUUUCAGAAGCAAAAUGCCUCCGUCUUCACUGCCUUUGCUAUCAGACAGAGAAAUCCCCUGGCAUCCGUCCAGGUAUCUUUGGGUGGGACAGGGCUCAGACUAUGGGUGAAUGGAGAGGAAGUUGACCCCCCACCAUCCAACGGUGCCUCUCUGCCCAUCAUCAUCAACACAAUUGGGGUGUCCGUGGCCCUGCACAAAAUGGGGAUGGAGCUAGAGCGAGUCACACUAUCCUUCUCAACUGGGUUCACCUUUGACAUUGCUGGUGUUGAGGGGGCAGACGCCUUGAAUGUCGCCGCAUCCGUCUCAGCAUCACUCAAGAACAAGAGUUUAUUGACUGGGCUAUUGGGUGACUUUGACGGGAAUCCAGGAAAUGAUUUCAAGUUGCUAACCGGAGGUACGGUUCUGAACACUGCAUCGCCCAGCCUGACUCAGGUGCAUCAGUGGGGACUUCAGUGGAGGACGACCCCAGGAGAAAGUCUAUUCCUCUACCAAGGCGGACGAACUCACUCGGAUUUCCAAAAUGUCAACUUCCUCCCAAAUCUGAAGGAACCAAAUGUGUCAGCUAUUCCAAAGAAGGUGUUGGAAACUUGUGGAGGUUUACGUGAAUGUCUCUUUGAUUUUGGGACGACGGGAAGCGUAGCGUUGGCGAAAGCCACGAAGGACAUUGCAGUAGCUGUGGAGGAAAUGGACCAGAUUUUCAAGAAGAAACCGCCCGUCCCCUGCAACCACCCGCAUUGUGUCGAUGUGACAACUUACACCCCACGAAUAACCACGAUCCGAAUGACAACCUCGGACUCGCACAAUAAUGGACCGUCAACCACCACCAAAAAGUCCACGAGUGGAGGAGCCAAAGCUACUUUGACAUUAUUCAGCAUUCAAGUUGGAACAAUGUUCAUUUCUAUUGUUGUUCUUUUAUCAUUGUAAAAUAAUUCAUUUUUGACCAUCAUCCAUCAUAUAUUUAUCGACAAUAAAAUUUAUUUAUCUAAACAUGACAGAUAUAAAACAUCUCA